AUAACCAUGUUUGUAACUGCAUGUUUGUUGGAAUCGUCAUAGUAGUAACCAGCCAUCAAAUCAAAAGUUACAACUUUGACAUGUUAACACUUUCCACUGGACCGGAUGAGAUUGUUGAAGAUUGCCCAUUAUCUCUUUCGGAUGUUUCUAUCUGCUGUUUAAAAGCAAAUGUGGAGGAGAAUGUUAUCUUACUUUCAUCUACGAAUAUAACAGCGUAUAUGCGUGGUGCAAACAAACACAUAAUUGACACUGCCCCUGUUAAUAAAAACAUCACAGAGAACAACAUUUGUUGGUGCUUUGCUCGAUCAGUUAUAAAAUAAGUAGGGAUGAAUGACAGCCACAAAAAUAAAGUUGCACACACAGAUAACAAGAUAUGCAUUGUUUCAUUAAAAUUAUCUGGUAGUUUCCUGGUGAGAAAAGCCAAUGUCGCUGUAGCUAAGACCAGUAACAAGUUGAAUAUAAUUGAAACAAUCAUACUCCAAACUGGAAAGUCACAGCUGAGUUCAACAUACUUCUCGCUUUCAACUGGCAUUUUCUUUGUCACAUUCGGAGGAGCAGUCACUAACACAGCAAUUGUAAUACCAAUCUAAAAUCAAAAAUUAAUUACAAAUUUAUUGGACAUCAAUGAAU